UAAAAGGAUAAAAAUAUUAAAAAAAACAAAAAUAUCCUUCCUGGUAAUGACCCCAAACUGCUUCCUCCUCUCCUCCAAACUGCAGCUGGUUCAUCUCAUCCGAACUCUCUAUCUGGAAAUGACCACAGCCUUUUCUCUUCCGGCUGAUUCACAAUCAUCAAAAUAUUCUUCCUAUGACAUCAGAUCUGUUUCCCAUUGUCUGAACACACGGGAACCUCAAACAAACUCAGAAUCCUCGAUCCUCCCCCGUCAAAAUCUUGUGUUAGUUCGUUCUUGUUUCUUACUUGUCCACCUAAUCCGAUCCCCAUGUAAAUUCUAGUCAUGGAAGCAGCAGGAGGUGGAGGGUUCAAUGUCGUUGAGGAUGUGGUGGAAUUUCGAGAAUGCAGGAGGAAUCACGCCCCAACCCCCCCAACCACCCAAACCCAUAUCUGCAUUUUCAGAGGGUUUCGGUAGGGUGGGAUUUCUACUUUAAUUUCUAGGGCCAACCCCAUCUUCGGCCGCCCAAACCUAGAACUCAAGGACGGGAUCUUCGGGUGCACGAACAAUGGCGGCAAAAACUGAGGAAAAAAGUGAAGUGACAUUCAUUUUCUUCUCGAGUUCCCUCACCAUCGUCGGAUCCUCCUUCAUCACCCGAUCUCAUAGAUUCUGUACAACAGAUGCACCCUGAAAAUCCCAGUAAGGUUGUGGGUGGGAGAUCCUCUGCCUCAAUUUGGAGUCAUGCUCGGACAUCGAUUUCUUUAUUGACGGUGAAAACAGGAGGAAGAAAAUUGUGAUUUUGUUUGUCUUCAUUGUGAUUUCCACAAGCAAGCACGAGAUUAGCUGAAAUUCGACAUAACAGUUUAGAGAAACCCUUCCAAAUUCGAGAAAAUGUGCAGCAGGCAGCUGCUGUCGCAGAAAUUUGAGCAAGAAGCUCUUACUAUAGCUAGCUGUAUAGCUAGUGAGGCCCAGCAAGCGCGUCGACUUGAAUCCAAGAAUGGAACCUGUGUUGUCCAUCCAUGCGCGUCAUCUGCCAUAUUAUAUAAUAGAAUCUGCUGCUUGCUUCCUGUAUCGGCAUGGCAAGUUGGCAACCAAUUAAGCAAGCAUGGGAUCGUCUCAUCCUCACGCCAUACCAUAACACUUGCGUUUUGGUAUUGGUAUUGGUAUCUCCCUUUUCACUUUCCCCCUCUCUCCCUCUCUGCAGCAAAACAAUCCCGAACAGCAGAGAAGAAUCAAUCCAUUCUUCUACUCCGAUUCCCCUGUUCCCUCUCUUCCUCUAUAUACAUGUAUGCCCCAAUGAAGAGAGUUGCAGAGUCGGCAUGGCAUAACUACCAACCAACCAACUCACUCACUCCAACUUAUUAUUCUUCCUCGACCUGUCCUGUCCUCCGAUGGCAGCAGCAACUGGGCCGGUGGUGGAUGCAGACUACUUGAAGGACAUCGACAAGGCUCGCCGCCGUCUUCGCGCUCUCAUUUACGCCAAGCAAUGCGCUCCCAUCAUGCUUCGCUUAGCAUGGCAUGAUGCGGGGACAUACGACGCCAAAACAAGGACGGGAGGUCCGAAUGGCUCGAUCCGGGGCCGGAACGAGCUGUCUCACGCCGCCAAUUCUGGAUUGAACACGGCCAUUGACUUCUGCGAAAUAGUCAAGUCCAGGCAUCCCAGGAUCACCUACGCAGAUCUGUACCAGGCAGGCAACAUUAUUUGUUCAACUUGUUCUUUUACCCUUGCAGGGGUUGUUGCAGUUGAGAUCACAGGGGGUCCGACAGUUGACUUUGUUCCAGGCAGAAAGGACAUAAGAGAUUCCCCUGAAGAAGGCCGGCUUCCCAAUCCAACCCAAGGUCCUUCCCACCUCAGGGAUGUCUUUUACAGAAUGGGACUUUCAGACAGAGACAUUGUUGCACUCUCUGGAGGCCACACUUUGGGAAGAGCGCACGCAGAAAGAUCAGGUUUUGAAGGUCCAUGGACCAAGGAACCAUUCAAAUUUGAUAACUCUUACUUUGUGGAGCUGACAAAAGGAGAAUCACAAGGACUGCUAAAGCUCCCCACUGACAAGGCUCUUAUGGAAGAUCCCAAGUUCCGCGAAUUAGUCCUUUUAUAUGCCAAGGAUGAAGAAGCAUUCUUUGAAGACUAUGCACUGUCACACAAAAAGCUGUCGGAGCUGGGGUUUUCCUCAGCAGCCUGGACCAAGCUUCGAGCAUUGCUUUGGCUCCAACAUUUGAAGGCUUUGUUGGGUUUCACUAGGCGUGCCAAGUGAGCUAACAACUGCUGAGCUGCUGGAUUCAAUGAAGAAUGUUCAAAAUUCUACUCCUUUUCACCAGUAGCAUUCUCUACAAAAAAUAACCAAAACAAUGGAAUGAACAAUCAAGGAAGAAACAUUUGGUGUUUUUAUUAUCGAAAACAGAGAUUUUCCCUUCCAUGAUAGAUAAUAGUAUGAAUGGUGGAGGCUGGGAAGCCUUUGUAAAUCUUAAAAGCUUGGUUCGCACUUCCCUACCUCUCUCUCUCUCUAAAUCAAUCAAUUAAUUAAAAGAUGGUGGUCGAUG